UCAUAAGCCCCGUCCCAUGUAGACUCUCUCAAGAGACUGGAUUUAGAAAGCCUUUAUCGGCAAUACGAUUCAUUAUCAGGUAUAUCCUAAACAGUACAGCCAAUAUGAGUCCUUUCCUAAACGGUGAUCGAUCACCUUCGCCCGAAGAGUCCACCAAGUUCGGCCCCGACAUCAAAGUCGCUGUAAUCGGCGCCGGUGUCAGCGGAAUCUGUGCGGCAGCAUAUCUACUGAAAGAGGGAGCCGAUGUCACUGUAUUCGAACGAUCUGGCGUCACAUCUGGAGUAUGGCACUACGAUCCCAGAGCAGCGACUACGGACUACCCUAGCGAAAAGCCCUCUGCCGGCGACUAUGUGACUUCGCUCCCAGGACAAUUCUCAUCAAGCCGAACCAUCUCCAAAACCAAAACCGAAAGCACUGCUCAUCCCCUCGAGACUAAAGACCGGAACGAUCUCGACGUUGCAUUCUCCCCUCCCGGCCCCGCUUAUUUCGGUCUUCGAAACAACGUCCCUACAAGUCUGCUCUACAGCAACCUUGGCCCAUGGCCAAAGGGUACUGAAGAUAUCACCGGCCAUGAAACAAUCCAAAGUUAUCUCCAAGGCUUGAGCAAAGAGUUUGGAGUCGACGAUGCAACAGUCUUCCAUACGCGAGUUGAUGACGUCAAAAAGGGUGACGAUGAAAGCUACUGGGAUAUUCGAACGAUCACUCUCCUCAAAGGCCAAGGGGAACCAAGAAUAAUCGAACGGAAUUGGAAAUUCGAUGCUGUCGUCGUGGCGACUGGGCAUUAUAACCUACCCCGCAUUCCGGAUACUCCUGGUCUUGCUGAAUGGAAAGCUCACUUUGGUGAUGAUGUUAUACACACUAAGCAGUAUCGUCGACCGGAGCAAUUUAAAGGAAAGACUGUAUUGGUUGUUGGUGGGGGAGCCUCGGCGUAUGAUGUUUGCCGUGAGACGAGUGAGACAGCGAAGAGGGUUGUUCAGAGUACCAGGGGCGGUGACUUUGACUUGCCGCCUUCGAUGUUCCCUGGGAGCGUUAAGCAUGUUGGAGGGAUUGAGAAAUUUGUGUUGAAGAAGGACCCAGAUACUGGAGGGGUGAAGAGUCGGGUUCUUUUGAGUGAUGGAAAGGUUCUUGAUGAUGUCGAUGCUGUCGUUUUGGCUACCGGCUACCUAACAUCGUACCCCUUCCUCGCGCAAUACCACCGCGAUGAUGUAUCCGCCAACAACGCAACGCGAGAUAUUCUCAUAACCUCUGAGGGAAACAUGGUUCAUAACCUCCACAAAGACAUAUUCUACACCGAAGAUCCAUCACUCUCAUUCAUCGGCGUACCAUAUUACACCGCGACAUUCUCCCUCUUUGAUUUCCAAGCACAAGUUCUCGCCCGAGUACUCACUGGAAAGACGUCUCUACCCGAUACUCAGUCUUUGCGACAGGAAUAUGAUCAGCGUGUUGCUAGCAAGGGACGUGGGAGGAAAUUUCAUAGUUUGGCGGGCGAUGGUGAAGAGAUCGAGUAUGUGAGGGAUUUAUUGGACUGGGCGAAUUCUAGUCUUGUUGAUAAUGAGAUUAAGCCUUUGGCUGGACAUUCUAAGGAGUGGUUGGAUACGUAUAAUGAGCAGAGGGAGAAGAGAAAGUUGUUGAGGGUUGCGAAGGGUGCUGAACCUGAGGGCUUAUGGGCGAGGCCUAGCGAUUUGGAGAAGGCAUAAAGACCAGUGACCAAAUUAGCACGACAUACGUUGUUAGAGAAUUUGGGCUUCAUUUUAGUUACAAGGGAGAAAGUUUCCCAAGAACAGUGUGUAUCAUGAAAGCCUAGGAUGAAGGAUUAGAUAAUGUUUGUGAAGCAGAUAGUGACAACAAUUGGUUCGGCUGAGUCGAACCGGUGGGGGAGCCUGCCAACCUUGGCCUUUUCGCAAGACCCACGCACAUAAACUUGAACGAAGACAUCGACAAGUCCUUUCAAUGUUAAAACAUUCGAGUUCCUAAUGCUCAGAACCAACAAGAAGGCUAAUUGAAGAG